ACCAAAAAAAAAAGGAAAAAAAUAAAAAAUAAAAAAAAAGAAUUGUUAACUCAAGCAGGUAACAGCAAAUGAAGAUGGCAUCGGGCAUCGAGCUAACACGUGAGUGCAAGCAUGUCUUUGAACAGAUACGGAAGAUGAAGCAACAUCGCUAUGUCAUUUUCAUCAUUAAGGACGAGCGUGAGAUUCGUGUCGAUAUUUUGGGGAUUCGCGAUGCUAACUAUGAUGACUUUUUGCGCGAUUUGCGCAGGGGCGGGCCAAAGGAAUGCCGCUAUGCGGUCUAUGAUUAUGCAUAUCAUCAUCAAUGCCAAGGCGCCUCGUCCACUUGCCUAAAGGAGAAGCUCUUUCUGAUGCUCUGGUGCCCGGUGCAGGCUCGCGUUAAGGACAAAAUGCUAUAUUCCAGUUCGUUUGCUGCCCUAAAACGUGAUUUCAUCGGUGUACAGAAAUGUAUUCAGGCCACUGAAAUGGAUGAGGCAUGUCGCGAAGCUGUCGAGGAGCAAUUGCGUUCUCUGGAUCGUGAUUAGCCAACGAUAACAACAACAUCCAAAUGAUUAUUAGUAAUUUGAAAUCGAUCCACCUGCUGUUUGCCUUAUGUUUAUAAACUUUUAGUCGGAA